AUCCUGUGAUUUUGUCUCUUUUUCUAGGAUUGCAUUUUAUACGCUUCCUAACUGGAGCCAACCCUGAGGCAUCUUCAGCAACUGCAAUCAAAUUUCACUACAAUGGAUGACGACAGAGAGUAUUUGCUUUCCCUUCAGGCUGUUCGAGCCAACGCCAGCAAGGUCCUCGACUCUGCAAUUAACGGCGAAUUGAUUCAUUUUGACUAUGACUCUGAACGCAUGGCUGUAGUCGCAGACUUUGUGACUGACGUUAUCAAGCGCGACUUCGGUCCAGACAAGUUUGAUCAGAUCCCACCUCAUGGGCGAUGGCAGCAUUUCGACGUGGGAGGCGUUGCACGCGUGGACGCGCUUUGCGACCAGUGGAAAAAAGAAGGUUGCGAAGAUCCGAAGGAAGUUACUCGACGGUUGAUAGAUUUAUUCUUCGUGUCAGUGCUUCUUGAUGCCGGCGCUGGUGAUUACUGGCGGUUCAAAGAGCCAGACACGGAAGACUUCUACACCAGGAGUGAAGGCAUCGCGGUGGCCUCACUACACAUGUUCACGGCUGGAGCCUUCGCCGGAGAUGCAUCACUCAAAAGUUCUGUGAAUGGAAAUGGGCUGUUAUCUUUAGACGAUGACACCUUUAUCCGAUAUUUCCAGCUCUCCGAAGAAAAUCCGCUAGUCGGUGUAUCAUCUCGGGUUCAGCUACUGAAUGACGUCGGAGCAUCCCUUCUAAAACUCCCGGAAAUCUAUGGAGAAUCUGGCCGCCCAGGAAACAUCGUUGAUUAUCUCACAAGCUCGGACGUCGAGGCCAAGGUCCUGGACUACGAAGUCCUUUGGUCGUGCUUGCAACGUACCCUGAUUCCCUCCUGGCCAUCGAACCGUACUCGAGUCAAUGACCAGCCUAUUGGAGAUGCAUGGCCACUUCAAAUUCUCAAUGUUCGAGCUCAGGCAGAUAACGAUAUACGCCCCCGAACCACGAUCCAGCCAUUCCAUAAGCUCACCCAGUGGUUGGCAUAUUCUCUGACAGUACCUUUUACGAGAGUACUCGGCUAUACUUGGGCAAAGGCCGACCUAGGAACUGGUCUCCCUGAGUACCGCAAUGGCGGUCUAUUCGUGGAUCUUAAAGUCCUGAGCCUAAAACAGAAGGACUUGGAAGUUGGUCAGAAGACAUCUGGCCAAGACCUUCCACAGUUUGACGCUACUUCAGAUGUCAUCGUGGAGUGGCGGGCGAUGACGGUGGCAUUGCUGGACCAGCUGUAUGGUAUUAUUUCUGCUCGGUUCGGUGAACUAGGCGUCACGCUGAGUAUGGCACAAAUGCUGGAGGCUGGCACUUGGAAGUCAGGUCGCGAGCUUGCAGCUUCGCAUAGACCAGCGACGAAGUCAAGCCCGAUUCUUGUAAACGGUGACGGUACUCUGUAUUAGGUUGCCAUCCUUAGCCACGAACAGCUCAAACAGAUAGAAGAAAUGAACAGCAAACUAGACAACUAAAACAAGC